CCGCUAGGCGUUAGCAUCUGCAAUCCUGCGUCCGCCAAUCCAGUUACAGUCGGCGUUGACCUUUCUUACAAUAGAGCUCUUACUUGUUAGUUAAGCGCUUUUACCAAGAUGGGCGUAAUUGAUAUGGAAAAAAUUGUUACGUCGACUAUGAUGCCCGCCAAUGUGACUGAGGAGAUUCCAUGGGUUGAAACAACCAUUGCUGGCGGAUUCCGGAUCUGGCAGGUUCUCUUCCUCAGUGGAGCAGUUCUUUUAGCCGUCGUAAUAAUUCUGUGCUGCUGCGUACGCAUACGUAUUCCACGAACUAAACAAGAAAUUGAGGCCGACUUCCGACGUAAGCAGCUUUCCAAGCGCUUCAAGCAAGAACUUAAGCGUAUUCGAAAUUCCGAAUUGGAUGUGAUGGACCUCAGGCGGGCACUUGAUCGAGUACGAGCCGACUUCCACUCGGACACGGAAAGCUUCUGCGGUAAUCAAUCCGACAUUUUCACUUCUUUGGCCCAAGGAGGAGUAGGUUCACCGGGAGAGGAUAGCCCACUAGACUCAAGCGACUACAACGUUACCCAACAAUGGUUAGAAAUGCAAAUGUCCAAGCUACGUCCGGCGGCGCCAUUACCUAAACCUUAUACAACUCAGCCUGUAUAAUUUAGCAUGGGCAGAACAUGAGUCGGUACAUUUUUUGCAUCUUUCCGCAAUUUGGUCUAUCUUUAAAUUUUGGCGCAAAUCACUUCAUCGUAUAGCAAACUUGGACUAAAAGAUGUUUUACCGCUUUCAUCCGAUAAUACACGUAU